CAACAUAAUGCAGUGCUUCAUUUGUUUAUAUUUUAAGGGUUAUCUGGAAGAAUAUUGAGAAUUAAUGUGUUCAAAAAUUAAACGUAAAUUUUCAUUAACAAUUUCGUCGCGCGAUAUUAGUUAGUAAUAAUACUAAUAUCUCGUUAGUUACGGGUUGUCUAUGUAUGUUUUAUAUCAAUUCAUCGAUCUAAAACUAUAUCGAUUAUUUGCACACUCAUACCAUAAAUCUCUGUUACUCGAAUUUACUGCCGAAAUAGAUUUUCUUAAGUGUGCCAUCGCGAUGGCUGCUCCAGCAGCCUGUACGCGUUUCUCAGAUAAUUAUGAAAUUAAAGAGGAGCUCGGAAAGGGAGCUUUCUCGAUAGUAAAAAGAUGUGUUCAAAAGUCAACAGGUUUUGAGUUUGCAGCAAAAAUAAUAAAUACUAAAAAAUUAACAGCGCGAGAUUUUCAGAAAUUAGAAAGAGAAGCCAGGAUUUGUCGAAAAUUGCAUCAUCCAAAUAUAGUACGACUCCAUGAUAGCAUACAAGAAGAAAAUUAUCAUUACUUGGUUUUCGAUCUUGUUACUGGUGGUGAGCUAUUUGAAGAUAUUGUUGCUCGCGAAUUCUAUUCAGAAGCGGAUGCAUCACAUUGUAUUCAACAAAUAUUGGAAUCAGUUAAUCACUGCCACCAAAAUGGUGUGGUGCAUCGUGAUCUGAAACCUGAGAAUUUACUCUUAGCAAGUAAGGCAAAGGGUGCAGCUGUGAAACUCGCUGACUUUGGUUUAGCCAUUGAAGUUCAGGGAGAUCAUCAAGCAUGGUUUGGAUUUGCUGGAACACCAGGUUAUCUGUCACCAGAAGUUUUGAAAAAAGAGCCAUAUGGGAAAUCUGUAGAUAUAUGGGCAUGUGGUGUUAUUCUGUAUAUUUUACUUGUUGGAUAUCCACCUUUUUGGGAUGAAGACCAGCAUCGAUUAUACUCACAGAUAAAAGCUGGCGCUUAUGAUUAUCCAUCGCCUGAAUGGGACACUGUCACACCAGAGGCCAAAAAUCUUAUAAAUCAAAUGUUAACUGUUAAUCCAAAUAAGAGAAUAACUGCGGCGGAGGCACUUAAGCAUCCCUGGAUUUGUCAAAGAGAAAGGGUCGCAUCGGUGGUGCAUCGUCAAGAAACUGUUGAUUGCCUCAAGAAAUUCAAUGCUCGUCGUAAACUCAAAGGAGCUAUUCUUACUACAAUGUUGGCCACUAGAAACUUUUCUAGUAAGUAA